AUGGCACACGGAGUAUGUGAGCUACUCAGGAUAAGGAAUUUGUUGGGGGAAUUGGGGUUCAAACCUAAACAUGUCAUGCAACUGAAUUGUGACAACAAAGUUGCAAUAAACAUUGCACAUAAUCUAGUGCAACAUGAAAGAACCAAGCAUGUUGAAGUUGACAGACAUUUCAUCAAGGAGAAGCUCAAGGCGAAGAUCAUUAAGGUAUCAUUUGUUAAAUCCAAAGAUCAACUUGCAGAUAUCCUCACCAAAGCAGUCACAAGCAGGGUAUUUCACAACUCACGUAGCAAGUUGGGCAUUGACGACAUAUAUGCUCCAACUUGA